AUGCGUCCUUUUUUUAGCUGCUUUUGCUUCAACGGAGCCGUAGUUCGGAAACAAAAAUACGGGUACGAGAACCCUACCAUUCUUGCCUCAGAAACUGCCUUUACUGUAAAUGAAGUGGAAGCCUUGUAUCAUCUGUUCAAGAAACUAAGCAGUUCCAUAAUAGAUGAUGGCAAUAUCCACAAGGAAGAAUUCCAACUCGCUCUAUUUGACAACAGCAAAAAGAAGAACCUUUUUGCAGACAGG